CUUGUUAGACCGGCAUAUGCUAAGGCCUUUUUUGCUAGCCAGGAAAGAAGAAGGGGCCAUACAUCUGUGAAAACAGGCCUCCAUCAUUGCUCUGUUCAGGCUGACACGGUGCGUUUCCGUGCUCAGGACUAAACUACCCGUGGCCGUGAGCCAUCCUGUUGUUUGGAGUCGCGCUCCGCUGUCAGUCUGCAGUGCCGGAGUGCCGUCACCUCUGCUGAGGAUGCCGCAAACAAACAAAUCAACGAGCUUCCCUGCGGCCGAGUCUCCGGUUUCAGUCCCAUCGGGCGCCUCGGCUGAGGAGCCGGUGUCCUUGGAGGAAAAUCGGGCUGCUGGAGAAAGGGACGGUGGAAAAGGAGGAGAGGGCGAGGACAAUAUCGGAGACAGUGAGAUCAUCAAGUCACCCAGUGAUCCUAAAAAGUACAGGUACGUCGUUUUAGACAACGGCCUGCGAGCUCUGCUCAUCUCCGACUACAGUGGGCCACUUCUGUCAGAUGAUGAGUCUGAUGGAGAAGAGGAGGAGGAGGAGGAAGAAGAAGAAGAAGAGGAUGAUGAAGAAGAAUCUGGGGAUGAGGAUGAUGAUGAGGACGAUGAGGAUGAGGGCAGCGAUGUGGACGAGAAGGGGAAGAAGAAGAAGGGAAAUGCUGAGAAACAGUCUGCCGCGGCGCUUUGUGUCGGUGUGGGCAGCUUCAGUGACCCCGGCGAUCUCCCCGGCCUCGCUCACUUUCUGGAACACAUGGUGUUCAUGGGCAGCGAGAAGUACCCGUCAGAGAACGGCUUUGAUGCUUUCCUCAAGAAGCACGGUGGGAGCGACAACGCCUCCACCGACUGCGAGAGGACCAUCUUCCAGUUUGACGUCCAGAGAAAAAGCUUCAAAGAAGCUCUUGACAGGUGGGCUCAAUUCUUUAUCUGCCCCCUGAUGAUCCGAGAUGCCAUCGACAGGGAGGUGGAGGCCGUUGAUAGCGAGUACCAGCUGGCUAAACCAUCUGACUCCCACAGGAAGGAGAUGCUGUUUGGCAGUCUGGCUAAACCUGGACACCCCAUGGGCAAGUUCUGUUGGGGGAACGCAGAGACGUUGAAGCAGGAGCCAAAGAGGAAGAAGAUCAAUGUUUAUAAGCGUCUGCGUGCUUUCUGGAAGAAGUACUACUCUGCCCACUACAUGACUCUGGCUGUGCAGUCAAAAGAGAAGCUGGACACUCUGGAGGAGUGGGUGAGAGAGAUCUUCAGCAAGGUGCCAAACAAUGGUUUGCCAAAGCAGGAUUUCUCAGAUUUGCUGAAUCCUUUCGACACCCCAGCCUUCUGCAAGCUGUACAGAGUCGUCCCUGUUGGGAAGGUGCACGCUCUGAAUAUCACCUGGGCUCUUCCUCCUCAGGAGAAACACUACAGGGUAAAGCCUCUCCACUACAUCUCGUGGCUGGUCGGCCAUGAGGGCAAAGGAAGCAUACUUUCAUUACUGAGAAAAAAGUGUUGGGCCCUAGCUUUAUACGGAGGAAACAGCGAGACGGGCUUCGACCAAAACACCACGUACUCCAUCUUCUCCAUCUCCAUCACCCUCACUGACGAGGGCUUCCAAAACUUCUACCAGGUGACUCACCUGGUUUUCCAGUAUUUGAAGCUGCUUCAGACUCUCGGACCCCAGAAAAGAAUAUAUGAGGAAAUUCAGAAGAUAGAAGCAAAUGAAUUUCACUACCAGGAACAAAUCGACCCCAUCGAGUACGUAGAGGACAUUUGUGAAAACAUGCAGCUGUUCCCUAAGGAGGACUUCCUGACAGGAGAUCAACUCAUGUUUGAGUACAAUCCAGAGGUGAUAGGUGCAGCUCUGUCCCUCCUAACUCCAGAGAAAGCAAACCUGAUGCUGUUGUCACCAGAACACGAGGGCCGAUGCUCCCUCAGGGAAAAGUGGUUCUGCACUCAGUACAGUGUGGAGGACAUUGACCAGAAGUGGAUGGAGCAGUGGACAGGAAACAUGGAGCUGAGCAGUGACCUCCACCUUCCUGCAGAGAACAAAUUCAUCGCCACUGACUUCACCCUGAAGCCUUCUGACUGCCCGGACACAGACUUCCCUGUCCGCAUAGCCGCCAGCGACAAGGGCUGUCUGUGGUACAAGAAGGACAACAAAUUCAAAAUCCCCAAAGCCUACGUCAGAUUCCACCUAAUCUCUCCAGUAAUCCAACAAUCUGCUAAGAAUGUCGUCUUGUUUGACCUGCUGGUAAACAUCCUGGGUCACAACCUGGCGGAGCCGGCCUACGAGGCUGAGGUGGCUCAGCUGGAGUACAAACUGGUGGCGGGCGAGCACGGCCUGGUCAUCAGGGUCAAAGGAUUCAACCACAAGCUGCCCCUGCUGUUCCACCUGAUAAUUGACCACUUGGCUGGUUUUUCUGCCUCUGAUGAAGUCUUCAGCAUGUUCACCGAGCAGCUGAAGAAAACCUACUUCAACAUCCUCAUUAAACCGGAGAAGCUCGGCAAGGACGUGCGCCUGCUGAUCUUGGAGCACUCUCGCUGGUCCAUGGUGGAGAAGUACCAGGCUCUGACAGCCGGUCUGACCUGUGAGGAGCUGAUGGAGUUCAGCCGGAGCUUCAGGGCCGAGCUGUUGGCGGAGGGCCUGGUGCAGGGGAACUUCAGCAGCGCUGAAUCAGAGCAGUUCCUGCAAUAUGUCACCGAUAAGCUGCAGUUCUCCAAGCUGCCAGCGGAGGUGCCGGUGAUGUUCAGAGUGGUGGAGCUCCCUCAGAAACACCACAUCUGUAAAGUGAAAUCGCUCAAUAAAGGAGACGCCAACUCUGAGGUCACAGUUUACUAUCAGUCAGGUCCAAAGACACUGCGGGAGCACACACUGAUGGAGCUGCUGGUGAUGCACAUGGAGGAACCCUGCUUUGAUUUCCUCAGAACCAAAGAGACUCUGGGUUACCAUGUCUACCCCACCUGCAGAAACACCUCUGGUGUUCUGGGUUUCUCUGUCACCGUGGAAACGCAGGCCACCAAAUUCAACACCGAGCGGGUGGAGUUAAAGAUCGAGGAGUUCCUGGGUUCAUUUGGGGAGAAGCUCGGCGCUUUAACCGAGGAAGCCUUUAACACUCAGGUGACGGCCCUAGUGAAGCUGAAGGAGUGCGAGGACACACACCUGGGGGAGGAGGUGGACAGGAACUGGUCCGAGGUGGCGACGCAGCAGUACGUGUUUGACAGGCUCAACAGAGAGAUUGCGGCUCUGAAGCAGAUGACCAGAGUCGAGCUCAUCUCCUGGUUCCAGGAGCACUGCGGUCAAAACGGCCGAAAACUCAGCGUUCACGUGGUGGGAUUCGGUGCAGAGGAGGACGACGACCAGGGAGGAGAUAAAUACCAGGGAGGAGARAAAGGGGAGGAGCUGUGCGGCUCUACGUACGGCGAGGUUUCUAAGCUCACCUUCCUUCCUGUCUCAACCAAGAUGGCGGGCGCCGUCGCCAUCCAGGACAUCCCUGCUUUCACUGAAGGCUUGCCCCUCUUCCCCUACCACAAGAUCCUGAACUGACCGUUCAGACCGGACUCCUGGACUCAGCAGAGCCCGGCUGCUCUGUGGUCCUGAUGUCAGCAGGUUUUAGCCUCACUGCUACUGACGAGUGAGUUUUAUCCCAAAUAACUGAGGAUCUGCUCCGCUCUCUGAGAGAAUCAAAAGGAACAGUUUCUGUCCCGUAACGAGGGAAACGCUGACUCAAACAUGUUGAACUGAGUGCUGCUGUGCAAAAAUAAUAAAUCAUUCUGGACCGAGUCAGUGGUACAGUAUUAAAUAAAAUCACAGGAAAACAACUCAAACCAAACACUGACAUUAUUUCCGUUCACAGUGGUAAUAAAACAUUUGAAAAAACACAGAU